UGCCCAAUUCUACGAUCCCCACAACCCCAUAUGGAGGCCUGAUGGAGGCAAGUGGAGGUGUAGCGUCUGAACUACGUGGCGUGUGAGAUAAAAGCAGCGAGCUCUUAAAGUGAGGGACCGUCAACAAUGUGGGCAGAGAGGUUGUUCCACUAAGGAUUUGUCCUGGUGUAGUAUGCAAUACUUCAAUGUAUAAGGAAGGUGAAUACCAUGGAAUGUGGGUUAUGCUUAUGGUGGUCUACUUUGCAUAAGCAAUGUAGAUCAUAUUUCUUUUGUGGCAAACGGUAUGACGCCGUUCCGUACAUUCAUUUUAUGGGGGCGAGUUACAUCUUGCAUUUUCUCGAAAAUGUUGCCUUUCUUGUUACUUUGUCAUUGAUGUGAUUUGUCUUGAAGUAUGUCUUGGAGGUCACCUGCACCAGCACGAGGUUGUGCUGUUUGGCGCAUGCGCAGAAGGCGACGCUGACGUAGUGCGGCGUCUGAAGAAGGAGCUGUCAUGGCGCGUCAUCCCUGGUGACGUCAUCGCCAAGAGGAAUGGCGCCGUCCUUGUGGCGUGCGGAGGGGGAGACGCCGUCUGGAUCUCACAUCUCAAGGCUUCCCCCAAGAAAACCAGUCUGAAGCUUCCCGCUACAUCUGUCCUUCCGUCUGCUGACGUCACGUCCCUUCCCAUCAACCACUGCGACCCCCUUCCUUACGGCACCAGACCCAAGACGUUCCAAGACGUCUGGACGACGCGCCGAGACGGAGUCUGCUACGUGCACUUCGACUUCUACAACGGCGCCAUGAGUACUGAGCAGUGCAGGAGGCUGGAGCGGGUUCUGUUGACGGUGGGACAGGAUCCGGACAGUUCCAUGGUGGUGCUGAUUGGCGGGUGAGUUCACUAACUUAUUAACUUAUCAACUUCACUAACUUAGCAACAUGGUGACGGUGGGACAAGAUCCGGACUGUUCCAUGGUGGUGCUGAUGGGCGGGCAUAACUUCUUCAGCAACGGGAUCCACCUGAACGUCAUCAUGAGAAUGCCGAAUGUGCCGUUGCCGAAUCUUGGGCUAACAUCACAGCCAUCGAUGACGUGGUGAAGGCGAUAUUCCGCAUGCGCAGUAAGGUGACGGUCGCGGCCCUUCAGGGGAAUGCGGGAGCUGGCUGAGUCAUGAUGGCGCUCGCUGCGGACCAGGUCGUGAGUCAUGCAGGUGUGGUGCUGAACCCGCACUACCGCAAGAUGGCGCUUUUCGGGUCCGAGUACUGGACCUACUCCCUGCCGCAAAGGGUAGGACUCAACAUGGCGGAGGAACUGACCACACGGCUGCAACCAGUGUUGGCCACGGAGGCCCGGGACAUAGGUAUGCUAGAUGAUGUCCUCGGGUCCAACGCGAGAGAGCUGAACGCCCUGAUCCACCUGAAGUGCCUACGCCUGCGCGCCGAGUCUCGUGAGAUUCUGCGGAGAAAACAGGCCAUGACGUCAUCGCUCUGGUCCAUCCUCGAGGAGCAUCGCCACGAGGAGCUGGAGCGCAUGCGCCUCUGCUUCAACGACAAGGAGUACCAUGGCAGAAGGGAAAAGUUUGUUUACCAUUAGUAGAAAGUAACUUGACCCACAGUAGUCAAAUAGUAGUUAGUAAUUCAGUAAAAAAAAGAACGUCCUUUAGUAACAUGUUAGUAUAACCAAGGAGACUAUUAUCAAGAUUGAUAACUUUUAGCUCCUUUGUAUAACUUUGUCAACGUGGGAAGUUUGGGUUCCGCUUGUGUAAACAGUGGUAGCUCCUGUGGUCUAUACUCUUAGCCUCCUUCACAGAUUUCUUGGGUCGCAAGCGUUCACUUUUUGGGGGGUGGAGGCGAUGUGUCGGGUUCUGUGUUAAAAGCCGAUCAGGUUUAACGUUACGUUACGUGCACCUUAGAAAGAAAGACAUCAGAAAUCAGUGCUCCUUCCAAAAAUGUAAACGCCCGUGCACUUCAAGAAGUCAGCGAAGAAAGCUACAGAAUACUUUCAUGAUAAAAAUCCGUUUCAGUGCUCAGUAUACGAUGUGUCUUUAGAAUAGAAUGACGAUUGCUCCCCUGAGACACUUUGUGCGACGACCGCUAGGAGGCUCUGGUUUACAGAGAACUAGCUGGAAAUGGUUUUAUGAUGUGAAAACUAUAAUAAUAAGUCGGGGGAAAGUCGAAUGAGUAUUGUAACGUUGCACAAAGCAUGGCAAGGUUUUGUCUCAUCAGAACUUUACAUGAUCAUUUUAUCUACUUUUAUCUAUCUCAAUAAUAUUUUAGAACCUUAGAACUGUAGUGGAUUGAUACUAGGUAGUUUCGUCGAUGAAGAUAAUUUUAAAAUAUUUUUUUGUGUUCUGUUUGGCUAAUCAAUGUGCUUUCAAUCUACGUAGCCAUCGGAUUGGUAGUCAUAAAAGUAUCGAACAUGUUUUUGUGUGUUUUAAUCUGAUGGAAAUUUAAGAUCUAUCCUACGUCAUGUAAGUGUGUAGUGCUUUGUUGUUGCUGUACCUCA